AUGCAUUUUCCAGAUAAUGAAAUAGUUAGCCCCGCUAUGGAGAGCUACGCACAUAGAGAUUUACUAGUUACAUCAUCCAGCCUGGAACUGAAAACUGCCACAAUAAGCCCCGAUGAUUCGUAUACUGUUCAACAAGCCAUAAACAUUUUCGGAUUCGGAUGGUUUCAUGUGAAAUUAUCACUUCUUGUUGGACUUUGCUGGAUGGCGGAUUCAAUGGAAAUGACCAUUUUGAGCAUUAUAGGACCGGCAAUGUUUUGCGAGUGGAACAUCACAAAGUACCAACAGGCCUCUGUAACAACGGUUGUAUUCCUGGGAAUGAUGUUAAGUUCCACAUUUUGGACUCAGCUGAGCAAUAGAUAUGGCCGAAAAUCUGCCCUUACCCUAUGUGGACUCCUACUGGUUUUAUACAGCCUAUUAAGUUCUGUAGCACCAAGUUAUGCUUGGCUCCUAACACUACGGGGUCUUGUAGGUUUCGCAAUAGGAUGUGUGCCACAAUCUGUUACGCUGUAUGCUGAAUUUUUGCCAACAAAACAUAAAGGGAAAUGUGUUGUAUUAAUGGAUUGCUUUUGGGCAUUAGGGGCAUGCUUAGAGGUUCUUCUGGCACUAAUAAUUUACCCUUAUUAUGGUUGGAGAGGGCUUUUGGGAUUAUCUGCAACACCUUUGUUAAUAUUCACCAUCUUAUCGCCAUGGUUAACUGAAUCGGCACGCUAUUAUACAUCUAAUGGUCGGACUGAUAAGGCCGUCAAGGUUCUCGAACAGAUAGCCAAAAAUAAUAAGCGACACAUGCUGAUUGGACGCCUGGUGGCCGAUGAAGAGCCAAGCGCCACCGAACGCAUUCAGACAUUAUUAAAGCCAGAUCUGUGUUUCACGACUUUAUUGCUGUGGUUUAUUUGGUUGACAUGUGCCUUUUGUUAUUACGGCCUUGUUUUAAUAACUACCGAGUUAAUGGUAUCGAGAAACAAAGAAAAUAGCCCCAAUGAGUGUGUUACAUUCUUAACGACCGAUUUUAUGGACUUACUUUGGAUUACAUUGUCGGAAUUUCCUGGGAUACUGAUAACACUUGAAAUAAUAAAGCGUUUUGGGAAAAGGAAAACAAUGGUUAUACAAUAUCUAGUGCUAGUUUUUUGCACCUUCACAUUAAUGGCAAGUGAGAGUCGGUUUUCCACUUCUGUCACUUUGUUUAUUGCAAGAGGAUCUAUUUCUGGAGUCUUUCAAGCCAUUUAUAUAUACACACCUGAAGUAUAUCCUGCUCCACUGCGAUCAAUCGGAGUUGGAGGAUGUUCAGUACUAGCCCGACUAGGUGCUAUGAUAACCCCAUUUGUGGCACAAGUGAUUCUUCAAACCUCAAAAUGGCAAGCUAUGUCCAUAUAUGGGGCUAUAGGAAUGCUGGCAGCUAUCGCCUGUGCUCUACUUCCGAAAGAAAAUCAGGUCUACCACUGAAUACUCUUAGUCAAAUAAUAAAAAAUAGUUUGAGUUCGAGAAGAAACGCUAUUUUGUUAAGUCUUAAUAUUUUUUUUAUUU